UCGCACAUAGGAGUAUUUCACCUCAAAAACCGGACAAAAUUGAAAAUACUGAUGUUAAUCCAACCGCAUCCAAAAUACAUGUUUCUUUACCUACGAUAACCGCUUUAUCGAAAGGCAGACGCGCAACGUGCAAUUCUUGCGCAUGUUGCCACAUCGUCAGUCAGAACCCAGACAUCGUACUGUACGCGUGUUUUUGUUUUAAGCGAUCUCGUUUGUGUUUAUCAGUUUUCUGUGCUAACAUGGCUUCGUGUAGCAAACAACAGGAGAAUAACUAUUCGGAAAUGGAUAGGGAAGAUUCUUUGGAAAGAGUGAAAAAAAUCACCAGAAUGGAGCUCUAUACCAUUAUCAAAGAUUUCAAAGGAAAUAAGAUUGAAGAAAAAUUUUCAUUGUUGGAAGAAAGAGUUGCGCAACUAACUUUAUGCCCAUCCGAAAGAAGAAGUGUUCUUACCCGUUCUUUGAAAUAUUUCAAGACCAGUUUCAAAAAAAGAUGGUCGGCAGCCCGUAAUACUGAUAGAAGAUUCUUAGAAACAAUAUGGAAUGGCUUAAUGUAUCACUGGAACUACCUACUUGGACCCACAAAGCAGGCCGCCCAACAAAAGAAUUUGGAGAAUUGUGUGAUCGAAGUAAGCGUCGAAGAACAAAAGAUUUACGGGACCGGGUACCUUUUGAUGAAUUGA